UUCUGUACAACACCAGAAGAAGAGAUUUUGUGGUAGGGCUAACCUGCUAGCAGAGAAGACAGUUGCUUUGCAAGUGAACUGCUGGUAACUUUUGCAACAUGCUUCUGCAGAAGGUCAGGCCAUGGCUGCUCCGCUGCAGAAGCGUUGGCUUGGCCUCCUCCAGGACUUACUAUGGGGACCAAGUAGCGACGCUCGGCUCGGCCCCUGACUCCCAGUCUGCGGACUACCAGAAAAAUUAUGAGCAAAUGCAAGCUCUCGUUGAAGAACUAAAAACCCGGUCAGAGAAGGUCAAACUUGGUGGAGGAGAGAAGGCCAGGAACCUUCACGUAUCUCGGGGCAAGCUCCUACCCAGAGAACGCAUAGACAGACUUCUGGAUCCUGGGACGCCAUUUUUGGAGUUCUCCCAGUUUGCAGCAUAUCAGUUGUACGGCAAAGAAGAGGUCCCAGCUGGGGGUAUCAUCACUGGAAUCGGACGGGUUUCAGGAGUGGAGUGUGUCAUUGUUGCCAACGACGCCACAGUCAAAGGAGGGACAUACUACCCUGUUACAGUGAAAAAGCACCUCCGCGCACAGGAAAUAGCCCAGCAGAACCACCUGCCGUGCAUAUAUCUGGUGGAUUCCGGCGGAGCCAAUCUGCCCAGGCAGGCCGAUGUCUUCCCUGACAGGGAUCACUUUGGAAGGAUCUUUUUCAACCAGGCAAGGCUGUCAUCCGAGGGUCUGGCCCAGAUCGCGGUGGUGAUGGGCUCGUGCACUGCCGGCGGAGCCUACGUACCAGCCAUGGCCGACGAGAGCAUCAUCGUGCGCAAGCAAGGAACCAUUUUCCUGGGAGGACCGCCUCUGGUGAAAGCUGCCACCGGAGAAGAGGUGUCCGCUGAAGACCUGGGCGGGGCUGAUCUUCACUGCAGGAAGUCUGGCGUUACGGAUCACUACGCCUUAGACGACAACCACGCUCUACACCUGGCGCGGAAGGCCGUCCGGAACCUCAACUACAGGAAGAACAUGGAGGUGACCAUCGAGCCGUCAGAGCCCCCUCUCUACCCGGCAGAUGAGUUGUACGGCAUCGUCGGGGCAAAUCUCAAGCGUAACUUUGAUGUUAGAGAGGUAAUUGCCCGGGUCGUGGACGGGAGUAAAUUUGAUGAGUUCAAAGCGUUCUACGGGGAUACGCUUGUUACAGGUUUUUCCAGAAUCUUCGGCUACCCCGUUGGAAUCAUCGGCAACAAUGGAGUGCUGUUUUCAGAGUCUGCGAAGAAGGCGACCCAUUUUAUUGAGCUAUGUUGUCAGCGUAAGAUCCCACUCAUUUUCCUGCAAAACAUAACCGGCUUCAUGGUGGGCCGUGAGUACGAAGCCGGGGGGAUCGCUAAGGACGGAGCCAAGAUGGUGAUGGCGGUCGCCUGCGCCGACGUGCCCAAGAUCACAGUCCUCAUCGGGGGAUCCUACGGAGCGGGGAACUACGGCAUGUGUGGGCGGGCUUACAGCCCAAGGUUCCUCUACAUGUGGCCCAACUCGAGGAUCUCUGUGAUGGGGGGGGAGCAGGCUGCCACAGUGCUAGCAACCAUCACUAAGGACAAGAAGGCCCGCGAGGGCAAAGAGUUCACGGCAGAACAGGAGGCUGCCAUGAAGGAGCCAAUAGUGCGUCGCUUCGAGGAGGAGGGGAACCCCUAUUUCAGCAGUGCCAGGCUGUGGGACGACGGCAUCAUCGACCCGGCGGACACCCGGCUGGUGCUGGGGCUGAGUCUCAGCGCCGCGCUCAACGCACCCAUGAAGAAGACCCAGUUUGGCGUGUUCCGGAUGUAGCGCUCUGCCGGUCGGCUUCGCCCCCCCCCCCCCCCGUAGAUGGCGCCUGUAAGGGAGAGCGCCGCAUGUGCUUUGACGAAUCCAUGGACUGUGGAGUGAUGAGGACGGUUACCGGUGUGGAGAGAGUGAUAUUAAUAUAGAUUUAUUGGUCACCAUGACAGGAUAUCUGCGGUGCCCGGAACACUGUUAACUGCCUUUUUAAUGGGCGCCUUUCCCGCACUAGGCGACAUUAAGAACCACCAUAAUGACUUCAUGUUGUAAUCGUAAGCUUUGUGUGUGUGUUUCACAAAAUGAUUUUGUAAGUUAGGAAAAACACGAAAAUAAGUGGACAUUUAAAACUUUUUGGGAAUAAAUGUCAUGAUUUUCCUGUAUGGUCAAUACUGAUUAUUUAUUGUUUUUGCUGAGCAGCUUGUAUGAAAAUCAAUAGGGGGCACUGUUUGGCUGUAAAUAACGUAUUUCAGUAUAAUGGAGACAGGCUAAAGGACAUGUUCUUAUUUACAACAUUUGACAGCAGUAAUUAUACUGCAUUGAAGGUGAAUAUUUCACCACAGUGUAGGAGGGUUAAAAGCAAUCUGGAAUCGGCCGGACAUGUAGCUUUUCCUUUGUUGCUUUAGUUUAACAAAAUCAUUGACCUGAAUAUUAUUCUCUUUUCAUCGAUUUUUCUUUGUUCAUAGAUGAUUCUCUGUUCAUGGUGUAGAGAAUUCUAUAUUCAGUGUAUGGAGAUCAUUUGAUAUUGUCUAAAUGAUACGUCUGUUUGAUUAUUCUUUAUCGUUAUAGCUAUAUAUCUGUUUAAAUAGACACCCACACCCACAUGCGUACUUGGAUGAUUUUCUCUACUUGGUGUGUAUGUAGGGGAUUCUAAAAGUCUAGCAAUGUAGCAUGCUGGUCUUUAGAAAAUAAGUAUAAAUAGUUUCCACUUUAAUAUAUGCAUUAAAAAUGAGGGCUUUGCCUUUCCACACUAAGCAAGGCUCCUACACAUAAUACAUAGAGCAAUAUUCCUCAAAGCAGUCCUCGAAAGAAGAAAAUAUCCCCACUGCUAAACUUGAGUAUUUUCCCAUUCGGUGGCUUCCCUUUCUGUCUUUCUAAAUAAUGGGUUCCACCCAGUGGCUCUUUGGCUCAUAUUUCACAUCAAAAACUCGCUCUGGCACCAAUACUAAUUCAGAUAUUUGGCUGCUCCUUCACUCACAUCCAGGCAAAGGAGAGGUGUAACGGCGCAUUUAAAGUUGAAAAGCAGUCAUGAAUGUAUUUUAUUUUUUGUCAGGCCAGCACGGCUGAAAGGACCAGGCCAGGGUAUGUCUUUGCCCCCCCUUCAACCCCUUUAUCCUCCCCGGAGAAGUGAGACACUCACAGUGGGAAUGGGAUUGCUUUGAACACGAAGGGACUGGCUGGCUCGACU